AUGCAGUUCUCCAGCGCCAUCUCAGCUGCCAUCCUUGGCUUCGCCAGCCUUGCUUCAGCCAUCACUGUCAGCUACGACACCGGCUACGAUGAUGGCAGCCGCUCCUUGACCGCGCUCGCCUGCUCAGAUGGUGCCAACGGUCUCAUUACCAAGUACAACUGGCAAACUCAAGCCAACGUUGCUGGUUUCCCUCGCAUCGGUGGAUACAUGGGUGUUGCUGGAUGGAACAGCCCUCAGUGCGGAACAUGCUACGGCGUCACCUACAACGGAAAGACCGUCUACGUUCUCGCUGUCGACCAUGCUGCCCAAGGUUUCAACCUUGCUAAGGCAGCCAUGGAUGAGCUUACCAACGGCCAAGCUGCGGCUCUUGGACGUAUUGAUGCGCAAUACGCCCAGGUUGCUACCAGCAACUGCGGAUUGUAA